CUUGUCUGUGAGCAGCAGCUCGGGCUGGCAGAGCGGCCUGGAGGCGGGCCAGGGCGCCAUGGAGGCAGGGGGCUCCCCAGGUUUGGAACAAAGACCUCACAUGCAGGUCCUCUGAGCCGGGGCCAGCGGGCUGGUGAAACCCGAGAGAGCAGGCCUCCGGCAGGAUGGCGGCUGCUGCUGAGAGGAGCCGGCGGUGACUGAUGCCUGUAGUGGCAGGUCCAUCUUCGGAAGAUGGGGUGGCCCAGGUGAAGCUCAGGCCAGGCCCCAUGGCCAGCUCAGGGACUGAAGUCCGCUGGGCCGAGCCCGGCCUGGGGAAGGGGCCCCGGCGGUGGCGCUGGGCCUGGACGGAGGAGGAAAAGGAUGCUGUUGGGAGCGUGCCACACGGCUGGGCAGAAGAAGGGCCCUUCCCCACCGCCACCAGCCCCGAGCUCCUCGAGGACUUCCGUCUGGCCCAGCAGCACCUGCAGCCACUGGAGUGGCACUUGGAGCCACAGCCUGAUGGGCACCCAGCUUCCGACUCGGGAGGGUCCGCAGAAGAAGAGUUUGAAGCAGAGCAUGUGGACAGCCCAGAAAGUUCCAACUUGCCUCUCAGCUGGCUCCCCCAGCAGGAUCCUGCACUGGACAUGACCGGAGAGGAGCCCGAUGCGGCCCUCGGAGAGCCUGAGGCUGAAGAGGCUGGAGGGAGCCCCCCAGGGUUGGGGUCCGAGGCUGGUCUCUGCUCCGGGAACAAUGGAAACACCAGCCCCACGGCUCUGGGGUGGGAUCGGGCCACAGGCUGGGUGGCGUCUGGCAAAAAAGCCAGUGGAGACAGACUUCCAGAACAUUCUGAGGUCAACCCAACUGUUGACCUCAGCUCUGCCAGGUCCUGGAGCAGUGGGACUGUGAGCCUCGGCCACCCCAGUGACAGCCUUGGUUCUACCUGGGAAGGAGAGACCGACGGCCCCCAGCCCACUGCCCUGGCCGAAGCUCUGCCACAGAGCCCCCGUCACCGCCUCCUCAAUUCAGACGGCAGAACUGGAGGGAGCGUUGCUCUGGCAACCCCCUCGGAAUUCCAGGACUCCUCAGCACCCCGAGCCCACAGCCUCCAGUGUCCUGAAGACAGAUGGAGGAGAGAGACUCCCAGCCUCUCCUGCCCUCGGCCGGGGGACCAAGCCUGGAAGCGGACACGGACAUCACCUAAGGCGCUCCCUUCCCGAUUCACCGGCUCCGUCAGCCCCCCGAAUCCUCGGCCUGGGCCUGCCCGGCAGGACAGGCCACCACCCAGGGAGGGAGCCACUGUGGCUGGCCACUCAUCUUCGGAUGCCCCCAAGUACGGCCGGGGGCGGCUGAACUACCCGCUCCCUGACUUCUCCAAGGUGGCACCCCGGGUAAGAUUCCCCAAAGAUGAGAGUUACCACCCGCCCAAGGCCAGGAGCCGCAGCAAGCAGCCUCGGGACCCUGGCAGACCCCUGAUCUUCAAGUCGCCCGCCGAGAUUGUGCGGGAGGUGCUGCUGAGCAGUGAAGAAGCCUGCUCGGGAAAGGGCCCACCUCCUACCCCCCCAUUCAUGGGGGUGCCCCAAGAAUUUCAGACGCCCGAACAAGCCACCAAGCUGGUCCAUCAGCUCCAGGAGGACUACCACAAGCUCCUCACCAAGUACGCUGAGGCUGAGAACACCAUCGACCAGCUGCGCCUGGGAGCCAAGGUGAACCUCUACUCGGACCCGCCCCAGCCCAGCCACAGCAUCUGCACAGGGAUGGUGCCCCCGGGGACCAAGGUCUUGUCCUUCACCAUCCCACAACCCCAUUCUGUGCAGCGGUGGCCGGGGCCCACCGAGGCCCUGCAGGCCCCUGAGGUGUCGGGGUGGUCGUCGGCUCAAGGAGACCCGAGCCCCUCCUCGCCCUUCAGCGCACCCACCCCAGGGUGGCUUCCGGAGAACCCAGGCGUCGCUCAGGACCAGCCCUCAGCAGAGAGGACCCAGGCGCUGGCUUCGCAAGCUAGUCGGUUCCUGGCCAAGGUGGAGUCCUUUGCGGGCCUGAUGCAGGCAGGCCGGCUGACGCCCCAGGAUCAGCUCAAGGGCUUCCAGCGGCUGAAGGCUGCCCACUCGGCCCUGGAGGAAGAAUACCUGAAGGCCUGCAGGGAGCAGCACCUGGCCCAGCAGCCCGCUGGCUCCGAGGGGAUGCCUGAGAAGUUUGAUCCUGGCAGGGAGCUGGAGGCGGAGAUAUUCCAGCUGGGAAUUCGCCUGGAAGAGUUGAAGGACUACAUGGAACAGAGCCAGCAGGAGCCUGAGCGAGCAGGGUCAGACUCACCUCUGGACAGCCCCCCAGCCUCGCCCUUCCCCCGCAGGCCAACGAGCCUGUCCUCUCCCUCGAGACAAGCCCACACGUCGGCCGGCCAGACCCUCUGCCCAGAGCCCGAUGCCACCAGCGUUGACCCCUGUGCAUUGCACGUGAACGGGGAGAUGAGCCCCGCUGGCAGUGAGGUGGAGGACAGGGCACUGGGGCUCCCGGCCCGACUCAGGCACAAGGAGCUGCAGGUGGAGCAAGACUUCCAUGGGCUGCUGGAGCGGUACCUCAGUGUGAAGUCCCUCCCAGAAGCCGUGAGGACCGAGGAGGAGGAGGAGCAGGAGGAACAGGGCAGCACCCUGGCAGUUGACGGGUCAGCUCCAGCUCCAGGGACAGCAGAGACCGGCAGGCUUUCCUCGAGGCAGCUGCCAGUGCAGGCUGAGAGAAGUCACAGGACCCCCCUCGAGGAGACAGUGGAACAGAUGGUAUCCAGGAAACCAGCAGGCUUCCAUGCACCCGUGGCCAGAGAUGGGUCCCUGCUGGGCCUGGGCAAGGCCGAGGCAGCUUCUCCGGGCCCUGGAAGGCCACCCCACUCGCAGGGCACCAAGCCCUCGGCAUCCCACCAGAGCAGUCUGACCAGCCUAGAGGGGAGCGGCGUCUCUGAGCGCCUUCCUCACAAGUCUCUACGCCAAGCUGGUGGUGGGCAUCUGGAGGAGUCCUGGAUGGCGUCACCCGAGACAGACAGUGGCUUUGUGGACUCAGAAACCAGCAGAGUGUCGCCCCUCACCCAGACCCCAGAGCAUCGGCUCUCUCACAUCAGAACCCCAGGGACAUUAGCCCAGUCCUUCACUGCUUCUGUGCCCCGGGAUGCAGCCUCCCACCCCCGGGCCAGGGGUCUUCCGGUCCCCAGAAGAGCCACUGAGCCAAGAACACCCAGGAGCCGAGCCCAGAGGCACCCCUCCACACGGGACAGUCCCCUCCGGCAGAGGGCACCCAGCUUCCGCCUGGAGUCGGGGAUGGCAGCCGACAUGGGUGUCCCUGGCUCACAGCUGGAGGGGAGAAAGCGGAUUUCUGAACAGCUCCACCCCAGCACCAGAGUCAGCCCACCCUCCACCCCGGCCCCUGCAGCUGCUGCUCCGCCCCGUGCACUGACGGAGACCACCCCAGCCCUCCUCACCAGGACAGGGCGAGACCAGGCCAUCCGCGAGCUGCAACAGGAGGUGUCCCGGCUCCAGCUCCGGCUGGAGGACAGCCUGCACCAGCCGCCCCAGGACAGCCCCACACAGCCAGCGUCCACAUAUGACCACCCUGCCCGGGCCCGGAACUGGCCAGCAGAUUCCCCGGCCGCCUGGGGCUCUCACUAUGGCAGUAAAUCUACAGAGAGAUUGGCCAGUGAGCCUGGAGGUGCCGAGCAAGCUGUCCCCACAGGAAGGCGGCGGGUCAGGUCCUCCUCCGUGCCUCGGGAGGUGCCCCGACUGUCCUGGAGUCCCGAAUCUGAGCCAACCUCCCCGCGGCUGUCCUCUGAGAAGGGCAGGACCACCAGGGACAGCCCACAGGCAACUCGGGACAAAAUGAGAGGAAUGCGCAGUACCAGUCGGCCAGACAGGGUCACCUUCCGGGGCCAGUAUACAGGCCAGGAGUACCAUGUCCUGACCCCCAAGAUUGUCCCAAGAGGCAGUAGCACAGUCUCCUGUCCCAACUGCCAGCCUGCUAGGACCCAGGACACAGGUGCUGUCACCAAGGACCCACGGGGACCGUCUCCCACUGAGGCCCUGCGAUGUCCCCUGUGUGGUGGAUUUGGGUCCGCCCCCGAGGGGGAAAGCCCAGACGCAGCCACCUCUGGGGCAGAAAAGUCCACCCCAAGGAGGAGUGCACCUUCAACUUCCAACCCCAAGCCGAGGAGCCGACGGGCGGGCUCACCGCCCCAGCCGCCCCCUGGACUGUGGUACCUGGCUGCAGCACCUCCCGUACCAGCCCCUCCUGCUUUUGCCUACAUCUCCUCGGUUCCCGUCAUGCCUUACCCACCAGCCACUGUGUUCUAUGCGCCUCCAGGAGGACCUACCUCAGCCCCCUCAGCCCGACUAGCUGCUGAGUGGCCCCCCGCAGCCUCCUCUCGGCCAGCCAGAGGACACCGGCACUCCAUCCCGCUGGAUCUGGAGGACCUGGAGGAGCUCAACAAGGCCCUGAGCCGAGCCGUCCAGGCGGCCGAGCGCGUCCGCUCCACCGCCAAGCACAUGAGCCGCUCCCUGUCGGCCGACCUGCGCCAGGCCCACAGCCUGCGGGGCUCCUGCCUCUUCUGAUGGCCCUCGGGGCUCGGAGACAGACGGCGGACGGGUGGGCAGGCAGCCAGCCUGUUGCUGUCUCCCCUGCAGACCCCUCAUGAGGAGUUCUCCCUCCAGCACGGGCCCUGCCUGCUCCGUCUCAGUGUUUUCAAAUGGAAGGGCCCUGGUCAUCAAGAGAAGUAACUUCCCAGGGCACCGGCCCCAGGAGCAAGUGCUGGGACCAAGGCCACCUUCUGUCCAGAUGCAGUCUCGGAAAGUCUCUUGCACUUGACCACCUCCAGCUAAUAAUAUGUGUUUUAUAUGUGGAAGGACAGAUAGCUUUUAAGUGAGGAGUUUUCUUGGGCGUGGAUCCUCCUUAGGACGCCUAGAAGAAGGUUUGGGGCUAGGGUCUCUGGCACAAACCUGUCCACCUGCCUGUGACCCAUACUUGGGAGUAGGCAUCUCUGGAAAGAUGUGACUGGGGACCUUUCCCCUGGUGGCUGAUGGUGGGACACUUUGGGUCCAUUGGGAUAUCUUAGGAUGCCGGCCCCCAGGCUGACUCACUCCCAGCUUCCCUGUGGUUGGGUCCGCCUUUCCUGUGGGCCUGCUGGGAUGGAGACGCCCCAGCAUGGCUAUCCGCAGGGGGCCCUGUCAGUACCUCAUCUCCAGACCCCUGCCCCCUCCCGAGGUUCCCUGUGGCCGAGGGCCAGGCGAUCGUCUGCUCCCCAACCCCGUAGCAGCACGUACCUCAGCUUUUCUGGAAUGUGUGUGCACCAGUGAUAUUUGUAUAUUUGAGGCAUUUAAAAGUUCUAUUUUCGUUAUAAGGGCAAGUGAAGAAGAAUGAAUAUUGAUCUUUUAAAAAAAGAAAAAGCCAAAAAAAAAAAAACCCGAAACAUUCCUAAAA